AUGGUUUCCCUCAAACUCCUCUCACUCUUUCUCCCAAGCCUAGCAACAGCAACAACCCUCCUCUCAGACCCAGCACUCAUAGCAAAACGAAACACAACCCUCCCAACCAAAUUCGGCAUCCUCCUCUACCCAGGCUACACAGCUCUCGACGUCUUCGGCCCCCUCGAAUCAAUCAACAUCUACGGACAAGCCCACACCAUAGACCUCUACUUAAUCGCCGCAACCCUCGACCCAAUCUCAACAAACAACGUCUUCACCACUGCCUCAAACAGCACGAGUUAUUUCUCCGUCCUCCCAACACAUACGUUUGCCACCGCACCACAACUAGACGUCCUCCUAAUCCCCGGCGGCAUCGGCGAAGUGCUCGUUGAUGAACCACUCCAACCAGCCGUCGACUACGUGGCUAGCAUCUUCCCCAGCCUGCAAUACUUCCUAACCGUGUGCAGCGGCUCAGGUCUCGCCGCUCGCGCAGGCGUCUUAGACGGGAAAUACGCAACAACAAACAAGCAAGUCUGGGACCUGACUGUCGCAAAGGGGAAGAAGACGAAGUGGGUAGGCAAGGCGCGGUGGGUUAUCGAUGGGAAGAUAUGGACGAGCUCCGGGGUGCAGGCGGGGAUGGAUCUGAUGUAUGCGUUUGUGGGCGAGGUGUGGGGGAAGGAGUUUGCGGUGAGUUCGGCGCAGGGGAUGGAGUAUCUGCCGAAUGUGGAUGCGAGGCGGGAUCCGUUUGCGGAGGUACAUGGGGUGAGUAGUGUUUAUGAUGAUUUGGUUAUGGAGGAUGGGAGGAUCAAGGAGUGA